AUGUAUACAUUGCCUACUAGUGAUGAGGGUGACUGUUACCUGGGUGUUCCGCCUGACCCGGGCAUUGAGACUGCUGCUCUAGGUGCUGGUGAGGCUGCUGCUCUAGGUGCUAGUGCGUCUGCUGCUCCAGGUGCUGGUGAGUCUGCUGCCCCAGGUACUGGUGCGUCUGCUCUCUCAGGUACCACGUCGGCUCAGGCCUUACACACCUUCACCCUUGACUCGGGUGCUUCCCGCUCCUUCUUUCGAGACCGCACCACGCUUACACCGCUUAGUCGGCCAGUUGCGGUCCCCCUGGCGGACCCCUCUGGGGGUCCUGUCCUUGCCCACUUCUCCACUGUCCUACCGUGUCCGGCGGCCCCUUCUGGCACCCUGUCACGUCUUUACCUCCCCUCGUUCUCUACAAACUUGGGAGUGGUGCUGAUCUACAGGAUGGGGGGGUUGACCAGUUCACUCCUGCGACCGGGGUCGAGCCUGUACACGCUCACUACUGAGUCUCCUCCGGUUGCUGAGUCUGGUCAAGUAGCUGCGUCGGGUCAGGUGUUUGCUGCAGCGUCCAGGUCUGGUCCUGAGUCUGCUCCCUGCUUGUGUCGUCUCUUGUCCCACCGGACUCUCCUCUGGCACCACCGCCUUGGUCACCCUUCCCUGCCUCGUCUCCGAGGCAUGGCCUCCCGUUACCUUGUCUCUGGUCUCCCCCGGUCCCUCCCUCCCCUCCCUCCGGGGCCUGCCCCUACCUGCGUUCCCUGCGUCGAGGGGCGGCAGCGCGCCGCCCCUCACUCCUCCGAUUUUCCUCCGACAGAGGCUCCCCUGCAGACUCUUCACAUGGACGUGUGGGGCCCCGCCCGCGUCUGUGGCCAGGGUCACGAGCGUUACUUCCUGUUGGUGGUUGAUGACUACUCGCGUUACACCACGGUGUUCCCCUUGCGCAGCAAGGGUGACGUCACCGAGCAAAAUGGGAUUGCUGAGCGCCGCAUUGGCAUGGUCAUGGACGUCGCACGUACGUCCAUGAUCCAUGCGGCUGCUCCCCAUUUUCUGUGGCCGUUUGCGGUUCGGUACGCAGCGCAUCAGAUCAACCUUCAACCCCGGGUCUCCUUGCCAGAGACCUCCCCCACCUUGCAGUGGACGGGGAAGGUUGGCGAUGCAUCUGCGUUUCGUGUCUGGGGAUCUCGGGCGUUUGUCCGCGACUUGUCUGCGGACAAGCUGUCCCCCCGUGCUGUUCCCUGCGUCUUCCUUGGCUUCCCCCCUGACGCGCCUUGUGUGUCCCAGGUAGACGCAGUCGAGCCUGUCGAGGUAGCUGUUGACUCUGGUGCUGCUAGGGGUGCUGAGCCUGGGGGUGCUGAGUCUGGGGUUGCUAAGCAUGGGGGUGCUGAGGCUCGGGGUGCUGAGUCUGGGGGUGCUAAGCCUGGGGGUGCUGAGGCUCGGGGUGCUGAGCCUGGGGGUGCAGAGCCUGGAGGUGCGGAGCCUGGGGGUGCUGAGCCUAGGGGUGCGGAGCCUGGGGGUGCUGGGUCUGCUCGUGUGGCCUCUGGCGGGGCUGGAUCUGGGGGCCCUUCGGUUGCUUCGUCUCGGCGGGAGCUACCCUCUCCACAGGAGCUGCGCGAGUGGUUUGCCCGGCGCUGGACCCGUGCUGCUGGAGCUGGAGGUGCUACUGUUGCUGCUGACCCUGGGGUCGGCGCUGGAGGUACUGGAGCCACUGGUCUUGGAGGUGCUCGUACUGGCGGUACUGGAGCUGCUGGGUCUGGAGGUGCUGCUGGGGCUGCUGGAGUUGGUGCUGCUGGAGGUACUGGAGCUGCUGGUACUGCUGGGGGGACUGGAGCUGCUGGGCCUGGAGGUGCUCCUGGUGCUGGAGCUACUGGCGGUGCUGGAGCUGGCGGUCCUGCUGAGGUAGGUGCUGCUGGGGCUGCUGGAGCUGGAGCUGCUGGGGGUGUUGGCGCAGGGGGUGCUGCUGGCGCUGGUGCUUCUGAGGGUGCUGGAGUUGGCGCUGCUGGAGCAGGAGGUGCUGCUGGCGCUGGUGCUGCCGCUGGGGGUACUGGUGCUGUCUGUGAGGAUCUAGGAUCGAGCUCAGAAAAGAGAAUGUGA